CGACCAUGCGACUCGUGCCGCAAGCGCAAGAGCCGCUGCGUCACCGAGGGCGAGAGCAGCGUGUGCGUGCUGUGCAAGUUCCACGGCCAGCCAUGUACGUAUGAGGAGGCGCCGAAGCCGCGCAAGCGCAAUGCCAGCCGCGACGGCGAGCGCUCCAAUGCCGCCUCGCCCGUCAAGCGCAGCCUCGCCUUCAAAACCAUUCCCGGCACCGGUGUGGAGGAAUACGACACCCUCCCCGGCCCCUCCCUGCUCAAGCGCACCCUUGGCCUCCAGAACCUGCAUCAUAGUCAGUACAUUGGCCGACACGAAGUCCCGGAUCCAUAUGGAGCUCCUUAUGCCGCUUCAUCGGACGGGGCAAAGCGCGCGAAGAAGUCCGACGAUCUCGAGAUUGUUGUGCGCCCUGUGCAUCCCUCUCACGCCUUUCGCAUCAUCCCCGACCCAACCACCGAGGGCUACUCGGAGCAGCGCGGCUGGAUCGACGACAUCGAAGCUGCCGUCUACCCGCACGGAAACCACCUCGUCCAACUGUACUUUCGUAUCAUCCAUCCAUCCUUUCCCAUCCUCCACCAACAAGUCUUUCUCGAAAAGUACGCAAGAUCGUACCGCGAAUUCUCUCCGCCUCUGCUGGCCGCCGUCUACCUCGCUGCGUGCGGCUACUGGCGAUAUAGCGAACAUCUAAUUGACUACGAAAGGCCGGAUCUGACCAAGCUGCGACAUCUCGCCUUCGCCUCCUUUCGCGCCACCGUUAUGCGACCCAAGCUGUCUACAGUGCAAGCAGGCUUGUUACUGGCACAGUAUGAAGCCACAGACAAGCAUGGCUGGAUCAAUGGACAGCAGAGCAAACUCGCUCACCAGCUGGUCGACUUGGCAUACACGCUCGGCUUGCACCUCGAUGCGCGACACUGGGAAAUCCCCGACUGGGAGAUUGGACUGCGACGGCGGAUAGGCUGGGCGGUCUACAUGCAAGACAAGUGGACUGCGCUGCUCCAUGGCCGCCCCUCGCUGAUCAGUGCCCACGACUGGUGUGUGCCGCCGCUUGACGAGGACGACUUUCCGGAGAUUGAAGAAGACGACCGGGAAGGCAGCGCAGAAGUGGAGAAAAGCCGGCUAGUAUUUAUGCAAAUGGCCUCGCUCACGGAAAUUCUGUCAGGCGUGCUGGUCGAUGUCUUUUCCGCACGCAGUCAGCAGAUGCUCGAUGCGGCCGUCGGCGACAAGAUCGGCCUUUUGCUCACGUGGGUCAAGCCCUGGCAGCUGCAUUUGAGGAAUUGGUUUUCCUCUCUGCCAGAAUCCUUACGAAUGGACACCGCGGCAUCCAUGAAGCUCUCGCCCGUGGGCUACUUGCGUCUGGCUUAUCUCACCCUUGAGACUUGUAUCCAUCGACACAUCAUCCGCACACUCGCGAUGAGCGAGACCGUGGACCCUAAUCUCGUCCGAGCUUGUCGCGCCGCAGGCAAGGACCGACUCAUCAAUGCCGUCGACUUCCUCCAGCGUCUGCAAGCGCAGCACCUCGCAUCCUUCUGGUACUAUAUCUCUUCCAAAUGCUGCGCACUCAUCCACGCCUUUGGUCAGUCGCUCGCCGCGUCAGCCCUGGACCCCGCCGAGCGCGCCUUCUACGAGCAAAAAGUAAAAGAGUUCCGCUGGACGCUAAAAGUCAACAGCGAAGCGGGCACGGGCUUCAUGAAGCAAGCAAUCGGCAUGCUGGACAUUUCA